UUCUCAAAUCUUAAGGGGGAAAAAGAAAAAGAAGAGGGAGUUUCAUAUCAUUUUCUCCCCUUUUGAUUCUUUCAUAUCCUGGAAAUGAAACGAUCGGAGUACUUGUUGUCAAUGGAAAUGUAGCUGCCUUUCCUAAACCCUAACCCACACAAUUUCUCGAAUGUCGAUUAGUUUUCAUUCACCUUCGUCUUCUUUAUUUUUAUAUAUAAAUAUUCCUUCUUACAAUUCAUUUUGUUUUGGCAAUUUUUAAAUAAUUUUCUUCUGUAUUGCUCUUCUGAUUAUUGUAAUGAGACGAACUUACACAGUGAAUCCGGAAAUUGCUUUUGAUCAACGGGGGUUAUUUUCGUGAUCCAGUUCAUCGUUACCGUCACCAAAUCAAUGGGGUUAUUUUUCUCUUUCUGAUUAAAAAGUGCACGUGCCACACGUGAGCUGAGCUAUUUUCCCGCCUUGCAGCUUUCGUGGCGCCUUUACAAUUUUAUUUUUCAAAUCCCGCUCCAUUUUUUUCCCGUGAAAAAUAGAAAAGGAGUGAGAACCCCAAAAGAAAAAUUAGCAAAAAAAAAAAAACAAAAAACGAGAGCAUCGAAGUAGCCGGAGCAAUGAUCAACGAGAGCUCCUUUUCCAAAACCAUAUGUUCUAUCUGCUACGAAGAUCUUAAACCGAUCGUAGAAGAUCUCCAGUGCAUCUCCAUUUGCGGCCAUGUCUUCCACGAGCUCUGUUUACAACAGUGGUUUGAGUACUCUUCGAGUUCUACGAAGAAGUACAAUUGUCCUGUAUGCAAGCAAACUUGUGUUGGGCACAAUGCGACUCGUCUUUAUUUCCAAUCAGUUGGAGACCAGACCCAGUCGGUUUGCUCCCAAAAGUUGAUUGAUCGUGAGGAAGAUGCGGAGUCGUUACGCUUUGAAGUGAAGAAGUUGCAGUUCAAAGUAUCGGGGCUUAGCGAAUCCUUAAAACGUCAUGAAGAGAAACACGAUGAGAUAAACGAGCAGCUGUGUAAUUUCAGAGAUCAGGCGAGGAAGGAAAUGGCCUUGAAAAACGAGGCCCUAAGAGAAAAGGCAUCUAUUCAACAAAAGCUCAGUUCUAAAUCUGAGGAGCUUAGUAAAUCAGUUCUGGAAUGUUCAAAGCUGGAACAAAGGAAUUUGGCACUAGCCAAGGAACUUGCUGUACUAAAACUGGUGUCAGAUUUUGACCUGGAGCAAGGCGAGAUUUUAAAGUUAGCCUCACUGGGUAAUGAAGGGAAUAGCCAAGAUGUAGUAGAUAAUCUGAUUAGGUCACUAUCCUGUCAUAAAAAGAGUUACAAAGAAUUGAUGGCCAAGUGCAAUCUUCUUGGUAGAGGUGAAGCUCGUUUGCAGAAGAAACUUGAGAAAGCAAAAUCAAAGAUAGACAAAUUAAAAAAAAGAGUCCAGGAAAUGGAGACACUGAUUGAAGUGAAAGAUAAUGAAGUCUUGAGGGCUCUUAAAGCUUUGAAGAAGACUGAUAGUAAAAUGGGUGACAAUUCUGAUUAUUCAAAUGCCAAAAAUUCUUCAAAAGAACAGCAGAUGCAACAACCUAACUUGGAAUUGAGUGGAAUAUCACUUAAACCUUUACCAAGUUCAAAGAAGGAAAACACCCCUCUAGAUAGUCCUAAGGCUGCCAAUUAUGGUAGAGAGGGAUGCUCAAGUACUGUGGUUAUAGACGAUGAGGGAAACAUGGGUGAGGAUGUAUACAUAAUUUCAAGUCCUGAUUUGAAAUGUCGAAAUGGUGAGAAUAUUAUUCAAGAGUCUGCUACAUCACUGCCAAAGGCAGUGUCUGAUGUUAAUAUGGAAGCUGCAACUGUGGCUGGAUUUUCAGGGUCGAGAACUAGUUCAAAUAUUGAUAAUGCUACAGAAGCUGCUCCCAUAAAGCCCAUGUUCAACAUUAAAAUGGAUACUCCUUCACUUCCACUUUCUGAACAAGGGAAUAUUUGUUUUUCUGGUGGGCUGCUAGGUCCGGAUGGAACUAAACGGCAUUUAGGGAAAUGGUGCAAGCGUGGCAAACUGCUUGGAUCAACGCCUGAACAAGGUUCAACUAAAAAUAGUGGUGAUUUAAUUGCCGUUGGUGCUGAUGGGAGAGGUGGUAGAAUUAAGGUUAUGCGAUCUACGAAUCAAUCUUCAAUGGGUGAUAAGGAGAAUUCAGUUGGUGCAAAGAGAUUAAAAUGUGGAGCUAAACAAAAUAGUUUACCAUCUCGAGGAUGCUUGCAAAUAGAGCACUUCUUUGGAAAGACCCAUUACUGAUUGAAAGUUGAAGACUCAGCACAUGCUUGAACUUGUACCGGGGAAUAAUGAAACAAGGCCGAAGCAAAUUUGCUUAUGUCAUCAGUGUAUGAUGACGUAGGCUUGAUGCCGCUUGAAUAGUAAGUUAUAUCAUAUAUUUGUCAGAUAAAUCUCAAAACUAUAUAUAAACUAUGGUUUAAUCUACAAUUUUAUAUAUGAAUUUUGAUUUUGUAUAAUUUAUAUAUAAAAUUUUAAUUUGAUCUAAUUUUUGUAAAUUAUUAACACAAUUAUUGAUGUAAUAUUAUGUUAUAUUUAUAUAUAUUUCACACAUAAAUUAUUAUA